GCAUCACUUGCGCGUGUUUGACCACAAAAACACACACGAACACCAGCGCUACGGGAAAGCAUGGCUGAUCAGGAAGGUAAAGGGAAACCUGAAGGCGAAUAUGCCAGGAGGAUCAAUCCUACCAAAGACAAUUUAACACGAGAACAGAUGCAAUUCAUCCGGCAAGCUGAACUUGCUCAGUGGGGGAAAAAGAGCCAAAAACUUCGCACACGGAAUGUUAUAACCGGACUUGCCAUUGGAGCCCUAGUAAUGGGCAUCUAUGGCUAUACAUUCUACUCCGUGUCUCAAGAAAAAAUCAUGGAGAAAAUUGAUGAAGAAGCAAAGAUGGCUGCCAGGAUGCGUAACCCAAAGACUGGAGCGAACUAAUCACCAUUUAGAAUUGGAUUCCUAAAGAUGAUUUGGGACAAUGCUGUGCACCAAUAAACAGCAACCACAGGUUUUGGGCCUGAUCUCAAAUAGAUCUUUGCCUCGUCUAUAAAUGAACUACAUAAAGGAUGAAAUAAUUCUGUAUUGUUAACAGGUUGCUCAUUACUUGUUUCUGGAGAUUUGUAUCCUUCUAUUCCAGUACAUUUGUCCCUUAAAUUCAGAUGUUAUAUGAAGCUUUGAUUAAAUAUGUGUUCUUAGCGCUUGUAUAAAAUUUGUGUGUACUAUUUCUUGGCUACAAACUACACCGUAGGUCUUUAGUCUUCUCCACUGGAUAGGAUUAACAACUUCCUGGAGCAGAAGAGGUUGCAAUAUGCCAGUGCACAUCUCUUUCCAGUUUCCACAUUCAUAUUCAGCCAUUGAGUUUUCAUGACUAGCAGUCACUUUUCUGCUCAUUCAUGAAGAUUUGGGCAAAAAGUCACAAACUGGAGAAACAAUGAGGUCUUGAAUGAAAAUGACAGGCGGAGUUGUUUAAUCAAUAUACCACAAGAGGGCACUGCUAAUCCUUAUGCUCCAUGAAAAGUGCGUGAUCAGCGCUGCAUAGACGUUUGGGUGAAUGAUGGGAAAAUGUUGAUAAAAUGUUUAAAUAAUGUUAAACUGUAAAUUAUUAUUAUUUUUUUUUUUGGCAGUGUCAAUAAAAGUCCGAUAUUUGCCAUAUCCUUUA